GUUGAUAAAUUUUGUGAGGACGUGUCGGGAGGCGCGGCCGGCAUCCUGUGCGAAGCGUAUUGUGUAGUCGCGUGCCACGCGUCGGAAAAGUGGGAGUUCAACCAGUUCUCGACACCCGGUGCCGCGGAGCAACGUCUUUAGGGCUUUGGAAAUGACGUCCCCUGCCAGCGAGAUGCCGGCCACGUCCCCGUCCACCGACUCGGGCGUGGUGGACGCGUUCGCCGCGCUCAGCCCCGAAGAGCAGGAGCGGCAGCGCGAGGAGUGGAAACAGGACCUGGCCAGGAUCGAGGAAGACAUUGUGCUGAUGCGUGAGACGCUCUCGGCCAAGAUCAAGGAGGCGAAGGAGCUGAAGCACAAGCUGGGCAUCACCAUGUGGACCGAGUUCACAGAGGAUGUCAACCAGGGCAUCAAGAACGUCAAGGAGUCCCAGGCCCUGUGGGGAUGGGGCGGCACGUGA